CAACCGGUCCAAUUUCCAUCCCCAUCCCAGCUCUCCACGACGGCCGACGACAAUAUGGAUGUCGCCGUCGCCGCCGCCGCCGUGGUUCCCGCCCGGACCCCAGCCCUCCGUCUCCCCGCAUCCACCACCGCCUCCCGCCCCUCCUCCGCGAGGCCCCUCACCCCGACCGCCGGCCGUCCAGCUCGGGUCCUCUCGCUCGCCCGCCGCGCGCCCAUCGCCGCUGCCUCCCUCGGGGUAUCCCAAGAUACAGGGGUCGCGAUGCCCGGUGCCAACAUUGUUACCCAGAACGAUUUACUCAUCGUCGGCCCAGGUGUGCUUGGGCGACUGGUAGCCAAGAAGUGGCUAAAGGAACAUCCAGGAUGCAAAGUUUAUGGCCAGACCGCAAGCACAGACCAUCACAGCGAGCUAACCGAUAUUGGCAUCAUUCCCUCCUUGAAGGGAUCCACUAUCUCUCAAAAGGCUCCAUAUGUUAUCUUCUGCGCUCCUCCAUCUCGUUCUGAUGAUUACCCCGGUGAUUUGAGAGUGGCUGCCUCAAAUUGGAGUGGAGAAGGUUCUUUCCUGUUUACGUCAAGUACUGCUCUUUAUGACUGUAGCGACAACAGAUUGUGCAAUGAGGAUUGUCCAUCUAUUCCAGUUGGCAGGGGUCCUCGUACUGAUGUUCUUCUUAGAGCAGAAAAUGUUGUUCUGGAGGCAGAAGGCUGUGUUCUCAGGCUAGCAGGACUAUAUAAAAUAGAUAGAGGUGCUCACUAUUUCUGGUUGAGGAAGGGAACACUGGACUCGCGACCAGACCAUAUUAUCAAUCAGAUCCAUUAUGAGGAUGCGGCGUCUCUUGCAAUUGCCAUAAUGAAAAAGAGACCUCGGGGUCGUAUAUUUUUGGGCUGUGACAAUAAGCCUCUUUCCAGGCAGGAAAUAAUGGACGCUGUUAACAAAAGUGGGAAGUUCGACACGGAAUUCCAAGGUUUCACUGGUACCAACGGUCCGUCGGGGAAAAGGAUGGAGAAUUCCAAAACCCGGGCCGAUAUCGGGUGGGAGCCCCAAUACCCAAGCUUCACAGAGUUCCUCGGCGUCGACAGUUAAUACCCGGUCGCACAUGUUGAACAAAUUCUUGUUACGCUGAGUGAAUAGCAGCAUCAAGGUGAUCGUAGGGAUGUGUCGUCGUACCACCGGGUUUUGUUGCCCCAGCACAGCAGUUUUAGAAACUUUGCAAACACUGCAUAAUAGUGUUGUAGCGGUGUAUAUUUGUUCUGCUAGGUGGUCAUCCUCUGUUGGAUUUCUGAUACACUUGUCGCGUUCGUCUGUCUGCCCGUUUCCUUUCGGUCCGAUGCUUGUAUUUUUUCCCACGUUUCCAAGCACGUUUGUUCUGAACGUUUUUACCGAUUUUGGUUUCCUGGUACAGCAUGGCCUGAACUUUGGUUUGAGGUGCUUUUAUAGGUCUUCAUUGAAAUCAUUUGGUUGAUACCAGUUGCUUUCCGUCAAACUGGUGGCACCACUCUGAACUGAAGUUUUGUCCGAAGCCACGUCUGAAGUGGAAUUCCAAUGCCUCCAGACAGUGACACCCCACCAACAACACAAUAAAAAAAACUUGAAAAAAUAGGAAAUUAUUUAUACAUGAGCACUUGCGAAAUUGCCACAGGAAUGAUAAUAUGGUGGCAACCUUCCUUUUUUCUUUCCAACACCUGCAAGUUGCAGCAUGGAGUGUAGUGAAACUCUGUUUUUUUUCCUUCUACAUCUAGCACCUGACAUGUGGGCCCCAGGGAUGAAAGUGUUUACGCAUGAACCUCUGCAAAUCGCAACAGGAAUGUAGUGGCAAUCUUCCUCCUUUAUUUUUCAACUCUCGCAAGUUGCAACUGGAGUGUAGCGAAACUUAUAGUUGUUUUUUUUUUGCUGUUAGCCAUCAUCUGACGUGUGGGCCCCGGUGGCCAUACGCCUGCCGACUGCCGUCCUGGGUGUUGGGCCGGCCUAGCCGCCCGCCCAGCUAGAUAGCCGUGUGUUGCUCAAAAAAAAAAAGCUAGAUAGCCGUGUUGGACCCGUGCGCCUGGGUGUCAGUGCUGCUGCCUAGUACUAGUAAACAAGUGAUCUGCCUCCACCCCUCUCUCCCCUUUCUCCACAGUCGAAGCAACAGAGCAGAAACACACAUCUCAAUAAGAUUCAGAGAGAGCAUCUCUAUCUGCCACUCUCCGUGGCAGAGGGGUUCGUCGCCAUGGGGUCGGGAUCUUGCUGCUGCAUCGGCUGCGGCGGCAAGGACGACGACGGCGGCGGCGACGGGGGCGGCGUGGGGCUGGACCCCAAGGGGUUCCUGCUGGCCAUGCUGAUCGCCCUGGUGCUGGUCAUGCUCUGCCACAUGCCCAAGCCCCGCCGCAACAACUACGUCGUCUACCGCUGCUAGCCAGCCAGAUGAGUCUCUCCGGCCGUUCAUGGGGUGGUCGCGCGGAUUGUCGAGGUUUCACCGUCGAUCGCCGUGGAUCGAUGAUGCCCAAGUAAACAAAAAGGUCCCGUUUCCUCUCCCUCUCACCCUGCUCUGCUCUGGUUCCAUCAUUGCUCAAUCCUUUGUAAUAAAUAGGAACGUAAUUAGCUGAGAUUUACUGCUGCUGCUCUGAAGUUUGGCCGCUGCUGGUCCAUGAUACGUAUAAAUGCAGAAAGAUCCUAGAUCCAUGCUUGUUCCCCUGCCUUUUUCUUUCUUGUGCACAAGAAAGAGAACCUUGUUCUGAGUUCUUCGUGGUUGCACCUUC